GGAGAGAGUCCGUGCAUUUCCGAGGCUUCCUUCGAACAAAGAGAAUCGGGCCUCGGCUGAGCGGAGGGCCUCCUUGUUUAGUCCAGAGCUGUGCCAUGGCGGAGGCUAGGGAAGAGGAAACUGUGUCAGCAGAAGCCUCGGGGUUCUCAGACUUGAGUGACUCAGAGUUCCUAGAGUUUCUGGACCUGGAAGAUGAUGAAAAAUUAUGUGCUUCACUUAGCAAGCCCGGUUCUUCCUCUGAACUCCCUGAGAAGGAUGAUAAGCCUCUAAGCUUACAGAACUGGAAAAGAGAAUUGGAUGUCUUAUCACCCAUGGAGAGAUUUCACCUAAAAUAUUUAUAUGUCACUGACCUGUCUACUCAGAGCUGGUGUGAAUUGCAAAUGGCAUAUGAGAAGGAGCUUCCUGGUGAUUUGAAACCAGAGAAGGCAGCUGUUUUGAACACUGGUGCUAGCAUCCACCUAGCUAGAGAACUAGAACUUCAUGAUCUUGUGACUAUCUCUGUCACCACUAAAGAAGAUGCUUGGGCAAUUAAGUUUCUGAACAUACUAUCAAUGAUUCCUACCCUGCAGUCAGAAGGGCGCAUCAGAGAAUUUCCAGUGUUUGGGGAAGUGGAAGGUAUGUUUCUUGUUGGAGUGAUUGAUGAGCUGCACUAUACAGCCAAAGGAGAAUUAGAACUGACAGAACUCAAGACACGCAGGCGCGCUAUGCUCCCUCUGGCAGCCCAGAAAAAGAAAGACUGUUUUCAAGUCAGUCUAUACAAAUGUAUCUUUGAUGCCAUGGUGCAAGGGAAAGUGACUCCAGCAAGCCUAAUCCAGCACACUAAAUUGUGUCCAGACAAGCCACUGGGUCCUUCAGUGCUGAGGCAUGCCCAGCAGGAAGGCUUUUCUGUGAAGUCUUUGGGUGACCUCUUGGAGCUAGUCUUUUUAUCUGUCACACUAUCUGACCUCCCAGUUAUUGAUAUCCUGAAGAUUGAGUAUAUUCAUCAAGAAACUGCCACUGUGCUGGGUACAGAUACUGUAGCCUUUGAAGAAAAAGAAGUGAGAGGCAAGGUUCAGCACUAUAUGGCUUAUUGGAUGGGACACCGAGAGCCUCAAGGGGUUGAUGUAGAAGAGGCUUGGAAAUGUCGGACAUGCAACUAUAAAAACAUUUGUGAGUGGAGGAGGAGUGGUGGAGUGCUCAGCUCUGCACUGGAGCCCCAACACAAAAAAGCCAAAUGAACUGAAGUUCUGCUUUCAGCAAUGUCUGUCAUCCUCUUCUAAUGUAUCUGAGUAGUGGGCCAGUCUCUGACCUGCUUUUGAGGAUAUUAAUUUUUUUAUAUUUCUGCAACUUUUGAUUAUAUUCAAAUCUAGGACUGAGGCUCAAGGAUGAGUAGGAGAGAUUUGAGGUACACUGGCCCUUGAGCUUUGAUAUGUAUUUCUAAGAUUCUCAUCAUGUCUGGAAGAAAGGUAUCCUGUAGCAGUUGUUUUCCUAAGAAAAAAAUUUCAGUGUGGCUCGGUGGUAGAGUCCUUGCUAGCCUGCACAAAAGCCCCAGGUUCAA